CUCUACCUGCACACCUCUGUGUGUGUGUGUGACACCUGUACCUGCUGCACACCUCUACCUGCGCUCAGGUGCGCUCACCCACAGCCGCGCACACGCCGCAGCUUCAGGACUACAACUCCCAGCGUGCCCCUCGCGGGAGGGCGGGGACAGGCAGCGCGGCCGCCCAAUAGGAGAAGGGGCGUGUUGUCUCCAGCCAAUGGGCAGCGAAGGGGGCGCGCCGGCCCCGCCCCACGUGGCGCGGGCGCGGCCGGUCCCGCCCCAAGGGCAGCGAUUCCCCCCAUGGAGAAGGAGCAGGAGCCGCAAGGAGACCCCCGAGACCCCUCCAGCCCCGCCGUGAGUGCACCCCGGCGCUUUUUGGGGGGUGCCGAACGCCCCAAAAUUCCGGGCAGGGAGGGAGCAGCGCUUUGGCCGCCGGUGGAAGACGCGCCGGGGGCCGCGGAUGGCACCGAGAGGGACAAGGCGGCGGGAGAAGGUGGGGACAAGGAGGACAAGGAGGACAAGGAGAAGGAGAAGGAGGAGGAGGAGGCUUUCCUCGUCAGCCUCUACAAGUUCAUGAAGGAGCGGCGCACGCCCAUCGAGAGGAUCCCGCACCUCGGCUUCAAGCAGAUUAACCUCUGGAAGAUCUACAAGGCCGUGGAAAAGCUGGGAGCCUACGAGCUGGUGACGGGCCGCCGGCUCUGGAAGAACGUCUACGACGAGCUCGGGGGCAGCCCCGGCAGCACCAGCGCGGCCACCUGCACCCGGCGCCACUACGAGAGGCUCGUCCUUCCCUACGUGCGGCACCUGAAGGGCGAGGAGGACAAACCGCUGCCCCCCAGCAAACCCCGCAGGCAGUACAAGGUCUCCAAGGACGACAAGAGCAAGAGGGCCCGGAAGGAGAAGGGCCGCGAGCAGGCGGCUCCGGACAAGGCGCGGCCGGAGGCGGGCGCGGAGGACGCGGCGGAGCGGGGCCGGGGGACAGAGGGACGCUCCAGCCCGGCCAGCCCGGCCGUGCCGGCCCCCAGCCCCUCGGGGAGGUGUCCCAGCCCCUGCAGGAGCCACAGCGAGACCUACAAGCGCCUCUUCUCCAGCUUCUACUCCAAAGGCAACCACCCCAUCAUGUCCCCGCUGGCCAAGAAGAAGCUGCUGGCGCAGGUCAGCAAAGCCGAGUCCUUGCACUGCCACAAGCGCCACUGCCCCGAGGUUCGGCGGGCACCGAGCGACACCGUCCCCGAGGCACCGGGAGCUGCGGACAGAGCUCCGAGCGUGCCGAGCGAGGCGUCCCCGGCGGGCAGAGACAUCCAGGGCUGCCCGCAGGACGGGGCCGCGGCUCCCGCCGUCUUCACCGGCUACUUCCACGCGUACCGCAGCGAGGGCCCGCAGCCCGCCGGCUGCCCCCCGCUCUGGGGGUACUUCUCCAACCUGAAGGAUUUUUUGGAGCCGCCCUCCGCCUUCCCGGAGGAGCCCGAGCAGCCGGCGGAGCUGCGGGGCCGGGGCUGCUGGGUGCCCCCCGGGGCCACCUUCGGCCAGUCGAGCCGCCACGAGGAUGAUGAUGAUGAUGAUGAUGAGGAGGAUGAGGAGCCCUUCGUCCCCACGGCCAGCUCAGGCGCCGUGUCCCCCUUGGCCAAGCAGGGCAGGGCCGGGCACCGCGGGCUGGCCAAACCCAGGGCCGUGGUGGCCGCUCCGCCUUUCACCGCUCCGCCGCCGCCGGACGCUUUCGAGGGAGCCGCGCUGCGCUUCCCGGGCACCUUCGGGAACCCCCUGGAGCAGCUGAAAUCCCGGGGCGUGCCGGUGGCCCCGGCGCUCUCCGUCAGCCCCUUGGUGAUCCCGGCCUUCCCCAGCCCUUUGGUGGUGGGCUCGGAGCUGUGCCGCCCGCUGGCCACCGGCUCCUACGGGAGCUCGGCCCGGUUCUACCCGGCGGCUCCGUGGCACGGGCAGCGCUCCUGCAGCUCCCCGCACGGCCCGGCCUUCCCGCACCACGCCAGGCCCUAGCGGGGGACAGCCGGGGACAUCCCGGGGACAUCCCGGGGGACAUCCCGGGGACAUCCCGGGGACAUCCCGGGGGACAAUCCGGACCGGCCCGUUUUAAUUCCCCACCUCGGAGCUGUCUGCACCCAGCCGCGGCUCUGCUGGGGACACCCCACGGUUCUAUUUUCUAUAUAUCCACACAGAAAUCUAUAAAAAAGGGAUUAAAAGCCGCGCUGCAGGUUUCUGUUCGUGCCCUGCUGGGGGUGGCUGUCCCAGCCCUGGUCCCCCACAGCCCAAUUUGGGGUUUGGGGGAAUAAACCCGGCCCGGCAGA